CCCUCGUCCCAGCCCCGGGACGUAGCCGAGCCCGGCGGGCAACCCCAGCCCCAGCCGCGGCCGCCCUGGGGACGCAGACGCCAAGGCCCCUCCGGCCAGGGCCGGGAGCCGGGCCGGCCUAGCCAGUUCUGACAGCCCCAUGGCCCCAGCAGGCCUCUGAGCCCCACCAUGGGCAGCUUGUACUCGGAGUACCUGAACCCCAACAAGGUCCAGGAACACUAUAAUUAUACCAAAGAGACGCUGGAAACACAGGAGACGACCUCCCGCCAGGUGGCCUCGGCCUUCAUCGUCAUUCUCUGUUGCGCCAUCGUGGUGGAAAACCUUCUGGUACUCAUUGCGGUAGCUCGAAACAGCAAGUUCCACUCGGCAAUGUACCUGUUUCUGGGUAACCUGGCUGCCUCCGAUCUGCUGGCAGGCAUGGCCUUCGUAGCCAAUACCUUGCUCUCCGGCUCUGUCACGCUGAGGCUGACGCCCGUGCAGUGGUUUGCCCGGGAGGGCUCUGCCUUCAUCACGCUCUCCGCCUCUGUCUUCAGCCUCCUGGCCAUCGCCAUCGAGCGCCAUGUGGCCAUUGCCAAGGUCAAGCUGUACGGCAGCGACAAGAGCUGCCGCAUGCUCCUGCUCAUCGGGGCCUCGUGGCUCAUCUCUCUGGUCCUCGGUGGCCUGCCCAUCCUUGGCUGGAACUGCCUGGGCCAUCUUGAGGCCUGCUCCACUGUCCUGCCUCUCUACGCGAAGCAUUAUGUGCUGUGCGUGGUGACCAUCUUCUCCAUCAUCCUGUUGGCCAUCGUGGCCCUGUACAUACGCAUCUACUGCGUGGUCCGCUCAAGCCACGCUGACGUGGCUGGCCCGCAGACCCUAGCCCUGCUCAAGACGGUCACCAUCGUGCUAGGUGUCUUUAUCGUCUGCUGGCUGCCCGCCUUCAGCAUCCUCCUUCUGGACUAUGCCUGUCCCGUCCACUCCUGCCCGAUCCUCUACAAAGCCCACUACUUUUUCGCCUUCGCCACCCUGAAUUCGCUGCUCAACCCCGUCAUCUAUACGUGGCGCAGCCGGGACUUGCGUCGGGAGGUGCUUCGGCCGCUGCAGUGCUGGCGGCCGGGGGUGGGGGUCCAAGGACGGAGGCGGGACGGGACCCCGGGCCACCACCUCCUGCCACUCCGCAGCUCCAGCUCCCUGGAGAGGGGCACGCACAUGCCCACGUCGCCCACAUUUCUGGAGGGCAACACGGUGGUCUGAGGUGGGGGUGGACCAACAACCAGGCCAAGGCAGAGGGGUUCAUGGAGAGGCCACUGGGUGACCCCAGACAGAGACGUGGGGCUGCCGAGCCAGAUGCCCCCGCCCCACAGACCUGGGUGAUGUUGCAAAUAUUUCGCACCUGGAAAGGCCAGAUAAGGCACUGACUAGUCACAUAGCAGUGUUGCAGAGGGGUCCUGAGGGCCAGUCUGGUGGCUGGUGUGACCCCUUUAGAACUGGAUCCUGGGGAGUCCAGGGCAGGGGACCUGUGAAGAGCCAGGGUGAGGGCAGGCAGCAUUUAAGGGGAGGUCAGGGGAGGAGCGCUUUACUACCUGGUACAAAGAAUUUUUUUUUUUUUUUUUUGAGACGGAGCCUUGCACUGUUUCCCAGGCUGGA